AUGGAGCAUCGUUCGCUGCACCAUCACUCUCCCUCGAUACGCCGUUAUCUCAACGAAACAGACUUCAACCUCUACGCCCGAAUUCUUGCUGCCAAAGAAACAGAGCGAGAGAAGUUUUACGUUGAUUCCCACAAAGAACAGCUCCGCAACGUUCGGCACAACGUCUCCCGCCGUGAGCUAAGCGAAGCCAACCAGUAUCCCUUCCUCUGCGUCUUCCACUUCGCCGGCUGCGACCACAAGUUCACGAACAAAAGAGACUGGAAAGAUCAUGUCGUUUGCCAACACCUGAGACUAGAUCGGGUGUUUUGGGAGUGUGCUGAAGGCCCUUGCGAGGAUCUCGUGGAUGCCCUGAAGCAAUGCGCGUCGCUGAAUGCUACCGACCAAGUUGAGUUAUCCAGCCCUGGGGGACAUUUUGCGAAUAGCCACGAUUUCCGAACCCAUCUUCUCCGACACCAUCGGCCGACCAAGACCCACGACACUGACAAAGAUAUUAAGUGGGUGCUCGAUAAAGAGGUGCAGUGGCUUGUGGACCGCCAAGAUUCGUCGAUGCGUAUGAAGUGUGGAUUGCCUCAAAGACUAGGCUGCCCCAUGCCCCAAUGCGCAUCAGUACGGUUCACCGGCCCUACAGCUUGGGAUCAACGAUUGAACCAUGCUGCUGAGCAUUUUCUUACCAAUCCACAAUGUCCAGACGCAUUUGGCGGAGAGAGGGAUAAUGAGCUUUUGUAUUGGGCAACCUGCAAUGCGGUCAGCAUUCUUGAAGAGACGCCAAAUGCUUGCCUUCAACAACAUGAUUGCAAUAAGUCGGUCGCCGACAGUGGCUAUAGCAGCAUGCCUGGUAUGCCCCGGCAUCCGACCAUGUCACAGCAGGGCGAUUCGGCACCAGCGGUACCUCGUAAGAUACCAGAGUGGAAGAGCAAUGCCACAUUCUACGACCCUGGCACGGAGGAACUAUACUACUGUAGAGCCUCUGUUGGUCUUGGAGCCUGGGCUCAAGAUAAUGGAUAUCCGGCGACUCUGUUUGAAGAAGAGACAAUUCCCUCUUCCGCAUAUCAAUCUUUUAAAGAAAUGUUCUCACAUAGCGAGUCCAUAGGGGACUAUCAUACCCUCGAUACCUCUCAAGACUCGGGAUCUGGUGACGAGUCUGAUGAAACGCCCCAUCACAACCCAGAGGCUGCUGUUGUUAUGCAGUGGUUCCACGGAUGGCUUCAACAAUGGCUAGCACCGUUGACACAAGAGAGGCCAAACGGGAUUGGGGGUCGUCCAAGCACUGCUUCUCAAAGUCAGAACUCAACUUCUACCUCCGGCUCCGGUACACAGAAGAAGAAGGGGACUUCGCGACCUCGCCGUCUUCCCAAGCGUAAGCGCGCUAGCGACGAUGACGACGAGGGCAAUGAGGAGAGCUCCAAAUCCCAACGGAUCGAUGGAGAUACGGAAGUACGAAUGUUUGCCUGUCCAUACUUCAAGCGCAAUCCCCGCAAAUACGGGCAACCCAAGUGGAAGAGUUGUGCACAUCCUGGCUAUCGGGACAUCCAUCGUGUAAAAGAACACAUGUAUCGUAGGCACUCCUUGCCCGAGUACCAGUGUCGGCGCUGCCGCGUUGAUCUCAAGACCUCCGACGCCCUAGAAGCGCACCUGCAGCAGCAGCGGGCUUGCACUCCCAGCAUCGGCGCCCAAGAUGGACUAAGCCAAGACCAGGUGAAGAGGAUGAGGAGCAAAAAGGGUACAGGGAAGAACAAAGAUGAGGUAGAGAGGUGGAACGACGUUUACGCCAUCGCAUUUCCGCACGACCAGGACACGCCCAGCCCUUAUCUUUACGAUACUGAUGACGAUAGGAAUGCUAGAGAGCUCGAUUUCCGUCAUGAGUAUAGCCGUUUUUUAACGAGAGAGCUCCCGCUCCUCGUGGAAGGAUAUCUGAACACCGUUGGAUGUCCGUUGCCAGAGACCAUCCAAGAUGAUAUUGAGCAAUUAGUCAAGCGACUAGUACCUCAGUCUCAAAGUUCAUUUUUAGAAGAGAUGGGGUUGACGAGGGAUAACAACGAGCAGCCAGACAAUGCAUCAGCGACAAAUGAUGGAGCGGGCUUCGUUGAGUCUACGACAACGAGACUUACCUCUGAAGACUCGGCGACGAUGGUACAACAAAACAGCACCUAUGGAUAUCCGACAAAGUUGCAGAAGGGAAGCACAUCACAGGAGGCUAUAUCCAUGUUUCCGACAAGCGACGAUCCUAAAGGAUUGACGACGAUGCCUCAAGUUGGAUACGACACUGCAGACUCGACGAUGUUUCAGGAUGGAAAUUUCUCUGGACAGGGCAUGAUGUUGCCAGCAUACUGUCCGCCAACAAAUCAGGAUUGGCAAACAGUUUAUUCACUGCUUGGCUAUAACCCGUUUGGAGUUUAA